CUCCUUCCCUCCCUCCUCUUUUUUUUUUUUUUUUUACUUUUUAAAAAACCAUAUUGCACUACAUGUUUGGGAAACAAGACAAAAUGGACGUUAGAUGCAAUUCUGAGAUCGAAGCCAACCGGGUCUCCAAGAACGGGCACAAUAAAGAGGGCAAGGAAAGCAAAGGAUGCGAAGGAAAUAUUUCGACUUCUUUUUUGAAGGAUCCACAAGGGACUUUCUCGUCUUCUGGCGGCUCGGAAGACUGCAGCAAAAACAAAUCGAGUUCCGCUGACCCGGAUUAUUGCAGAAGAAUACUAGUCCGAGAUGCCAAAGGUUCAAUAAGAGAGAUUAUCCUCCCGAAGGGGCUUGAUCUGGACCGACCCAAAAGGACCCGCACGUCUUUCACGGCGGAGCAACUUUACCGGCUGGAGAUGGAGUUCCAGAGGUGCCAAUACGUGGUUGGACGGGAAAGGACCGAGCUGGCCAGGCAGCUCAACCUCUCAGAAACUCAGGUCAAAGUCUGGUUCCAGAACCGACGCACCAAGCAGAAGAAGGACCAAGGCAAAGACUCCGAGCUGAAAUCCGUGGUGUCGGAGACGGCGGCGACGUGCAGCGUGCUGAGGCUGCUGGAGCAAGGGCGGCUCCUCUCGCCUCCGGGCCUGCCGGGCCUCUUGCCGCCGUGCGCCACCAGCGCCUUGGGCUCAGCCUUGCGCGCGCCCAGCCUCGCCAGCGGCACCGGCGGCUCGGGAUCCGCGACGGCGGGCGGCUCCCCGCACCAGCCGGCCGUCAGCAGCAGCGCCGCCGCCGGCCCGGCGCACCCGUCCCCUCCCGGGGGCCACAACCUCUUCAGCCUGCCCGUGCCCACCCUGCUGGGCUCGGUGGCCAGCCGGCUUUCCAACCCUUUAGCGAUGGCCGGCUCCCUGGCCGGGAACUUGCAAGAACUGUCCGCUAGAUACCUGAGCUCUUCGGCCUUCGAGCCCUACUCCAGGACGGCCAAUAAAGAAGGCGUCGAGAAAAAGGCCCUGGACUGACGCGCGGCGACGCGCGCUGUAUUUAUAUUUAUAGUAUCUAUUUGUGACGGUUAUUUAUGGAAGACCCUCCACACCAUAGGGGCCCCUUCCCCACCUUCCUCUUCCCAUCGCACCCCACAGACUCUUCUACCGUCCUCCUCCUCUUCUUCCUCUCUCUGCCGUCUUCCCCAGCCACCAAUCCCAGGCACAACUUUGCCUCCUGGGGGAUCCCCGACUUUUACCUUGCCAGCCCAUCAGUUCCCAAACGGAGGGCCUCACAGAUUUGACUGGAGGCCUCCAAUCGGUGGAACAAAUCGAUCGGCGGCAACGAGGGUGGAACCCUCCCCGAGCCAGACAUUUGUCGCUUUGGUGGCCCACGUUAAUGUUAGAAAUGGGGUUGGGGGGUUAGGAGGGGGACUAUGGCAGAGAGGGGCGAAUAGUGGAAGGAGACACUGUUGACUUCAGUCUGGCUGCCCCUAUGAUAAGCACCAACUUUUUACAUUUUAAAGGGAGUGUAUAGGAAAAGGAGGUGAUUUUUUUUUUUUUAAGGCGGAAGGCUGGAUAGGAGCUUAAAAGUGCGUGUGUCCUACACAUGCAGAGAAGCUCAUACAGCCAACUGGGAGGCCAUGUUUUUGGCUGCUCCACAUUGUGUUGGUUCUUCAAACACGCCUCUUAUUUCAAAGGCGUCUCCCUUUUGCGAGUCCGAGACGAUAACAAGUCCAGGGGUUGCUCUCAUGCAGCGUCCUGAAGGUACAUGCCUCCUCCGCCUCCUCCUCUUCCAGUUCCCUAUUCUAAACAAAAAAAAA